GUGAAUAUAAGCAGGCGAGGCGAGCAAGGUGCGUGCAGAAACCUUUAUUUUUUCAAGCAAAGACAACUGGAGAACGUGAAAAAACGGAAGCAUAAUUCUGCCAAAGACCCGGUGAAGCAGGACAAGCUGUUGCAGAAAUGCAAUUGCAGGAGACAUGCCAAGAGAUUUCAGUUUAAAUGUGGACGAUGUCCUG